GACUGUGACGCGAUGCCCCCUCGCCGUGCCCUCCUCCCCUCCCGCCCCUCCAUCAUGGCGGCGGCGGCGGCAAAUUAGGGCAAAGCUCGCACCGCCUCGCGCGCGCGCGCGCCCGCACACACCCACCCACCCCCGGCGGACCGACCCGGAGCAGCGCCGCUCCGCGCCCGACCUUCCCUCCCCCCUCCUCUCCUCCCUGCUCCUCCUCCUCCCCGGCCCCGUCUCUCCGCCUCGCGGCGCUCUCAGUGCUGAGUGACUUUCAGAAGCUAGAAUUGCUGAAGAUUAAAGAAAGAACGCCUGGCCAAUUUUCCACCAACUCUUUUUGCUUUGCAGCUUUUAGUUUGACAGUCCUCAUCUGUUACUCAGAGAAAACCCUGUGUGCCGAAUAAGAGCACUGAAGCGCUGCAAGUCAACCCGAUGGCGUCCUCUACUGCUGUGCCUGUAGGAUUUCAUUAUGAAACAAAAUACGUAGUUCUCAGCUACCUGGGACUUCUAUCACAAGAGAAGCCACAGGAGCAUCCUCCUCCUUCAACUCAAGGGACUCAACAACAGCUUAUGGCACAACAUGCUUUGGAGAAAGAGGCUUUGGAGAAGAUUAGAGUAGAAAUUGAGGAGGAGCUAAAACAUCUCGAUGAAGAAAUCUUGGAAGCAUUUACUAGUACAGGAUUUGACUGCCACACUUCUCCCGUAUUCAGUCCUGCCAAUCCAGAGAGCUCAAUAGAAGAUUGCCUGGCUCAUCUAGGGGAGAAAGUGUCCCAGGAAUUGAAAGAACACCUGCACAAAGCACUACAGAGCUUGCUUAACAAGCCGGUGACAUACCAAGAAUAUCGAGAGCGCACACAGGAGACAGCUGCUCAUGCCAGUGGAUGGAACAAGGUCUUGGUGCCUUUGGUUCUGCUACAGCAAUUUCUGAUGGAGUUGACCAGAAGGGGCCAGGAACCACUGAGUGCACUUGUGAACUUUGGGGUGACAUAUCUAGAAGACUAUUCUGCAGACUAUAUCAUUCAGCAAGGAGGAUGGGGAACAGUCUUUACUUUGGAAUCUGAAGAGGAAGAGUACCCAGGGAUCGUUGCAGAGGACAGUAAUGAUAUCUACAUCCUGACUAGUGACAACUCGGGACAGGUGAGCCCCCCAGAGUCCCCCACAGUGACCACGUCGUGGCAGUCAGAGAGCCUGCCUGUCUCCCUGUCAGCAAGUCAGAGCUGGCACACAGAGAGUCUGCCAGUCUCCCUGGGACCCGAGUCCUGGCAGCAAGUGGCCAUGGAUCCUGAAGAAGUCAAAAGCCUGGAUAGCAAUGGAGGGGGUGAAGAAAGGAGUGAGAACAACUCUUCCAACUCCGAUAUUGUUCAUGUGGAGAAGGAAGAGAUACCAGAGGGGAUUGAGGAAGCAGUGGUGUCAACAGUUGCUGCAGAGACCAUGCAGGCGGCAUUCCCAGAACCCCCUGCUUCUUUACAGGAGGUAAAGCCUGAAGCUGAAGUUGUGUCCGCUGAAAAAGCACAUCCCUCUGCACUUCUGCGUACAAAACAGGAGGAAAAGGGAAAAGUGGCUGAAGAGCCUAUUGAACCCGAAAUCCCCAUCUUAAGUAAACCUGUUCCAAAAUUAGCCCCAUCAGAAGAAAAGGCUGCACCAGAACCUGAGAAAAUACUGCUUCCAGGGGAAAAAAAAGUGGGGAAAGAGGGCCAUUUGGAAGAAAUGGAAGAGAAAUCCUCCACUGCAGAGGAGAAGCCUAUCUUAUUGCCAGAAGGGAAAUCUAUACUGCUGUACGGUGGGGCUGCUGCAGUAGCUAUAUUAGCUGUAGCAGUUGGAGUAGCGCUGGCGCUUAGAAAGAAGUAACAGAGCUUUCUUGAGGAGGAGGAGGAGGAGGAGUGGGGAGAGAAAAGAGAGCAUUAUCCAAUUUUUGUAGUUGUGUUAACUAAAGGUUGAGCUGCCUGCUGUUUAAUUGGACACUUGAGUAACUUAAUGGUGAUGGGGUGAGGUUAUUCAGUAAGCCUCCAGCUAUGGACAAUCAUGUUUUUAGUAGAAUUAGGGUGGGGACUGGUUUUUCGUGAUUAAAGUACAGGGGUAUUUUUAAAAAAAAAAAAAGAAAAAAAAUCUGCAAAUUUAAGAACUUAAGUGCAGGUGCUGAAGAAAGGGGUGCUCGUACUCUAGGAACUGGAACAGAGAAUCCCCAGGGGAAGGGGAGAGCCAGCUGCUGUCAACCCCUGGAAUUUUUAGCUUCUCAGAUUGACCCGCUAUUGCAGCUGUGCUGUCUUGUCACUUCCCUUCGCACCCCCGAGCCCUCCUUAAUAGACCUUAGCCAACCUGAAUCCUGUAGCGAGAGGCUGGUCUCCCUUUUGUCUCAGCUUCCUCUCAGGUACUGCACUGCUCCUCAUAACCUUGCAGGUUCCUUCUAAGCCCCAGUGGGAGAGUGCUUAUUCUUACCUCUUUGCUCGCACCUGGUUUGGCCCCUAACAUUUAUUGGAGCCCCAUCCUGUAAAGAAGCUGCCUCUCUAUAGUCAUAUUAUCUCUGAGCUUUCUGGUGUUUCUGAGGGGGAGAUGCAGAACAGCGCUUGCUGCUAGCAAGGAAGAUGGGGGAGGUACACUGCUAUUUGCUGGUCUGAGAAUCCAUUUGACACGCUCCUGCCCGGCCUGCUUUACUGCCACACUUGAGUUACCAGAGAUGCAAAAUUCAUAGCUGAUGUCGUGCCAUUUUGAUAAGUACUUUGGUACAAGUGUAUAUUCAGCAAGUAAAUGGCAAAACUACAUGAAAGUGAGACGUGAACUGAUGCCACCUGUGAAAUUCAAAGGUUAAAUGCUAUUUUGUCCUAUAUCAUGCUGCAGUCGGUAUUGUCUUUCACAAGUUAAGCACAGAGUGUAUCUAGUCCUAACUCGGUCUUGGCUGUGACAGAAUCCCAGAUACAUAAAGUAAUGGAUUCUAGUAACUAAGCAAAACAGCAUUAAAUAUCUCCUCUGUUCGCCUGUUCCUGGCCUGACCGUGAGUGGUGUUCAGUGCAGUUUCUUUUGCGACUCUGAAUCUGUAAUUAGCUAAACUUACAGAUUCACAAAUGCUGAGAAAGUUAUUUUGGAAAAAGUAAAGCCCUCUUCCCUCCUGUGCAGACACAUUUCAAAUGCUUUUGAAGAGAAAGCUUUUAAGUAUUGCCGUACAUGUUAGUUAUGUCAGAUCAACUGCAAGUGUUCUGUUUCAUUGUGCAUUUCUGUGUCUGUCUUUGUACUGCAGCUUUGUGAGCAAGAUCUUAGAUUUUCCAGGCAAAAUUACUGGCCAUCUCUGAGGGCUUAUGCUUGCACUGUGGCUUAGAGCAGAUGAAGGUAGGUGAAAAGGAACUUGGGAUAAUGUAAAAACUGAAAUGUGAGCUUGCUUACUGUAAGCUUACUCUUCAUAAAGCACAAAGACAAGGUCCAUUUAAAAAAAAAAAAAAAAAAAAAAAAAAGAACUUACCUACUGUACUUCUUGUAAUGAGCCUGUUCCUUAAGUGAUCUGGUAAGAGAUUUUAGCACAUUCUCCAAUUUAGCAUGAGGUGAGUUCUUGCUACUCUUUUCUGUCCUUCCCACAUCCCAAUAUGCUGGUAAGUCAGCAAGAACCUGGCAGAUUCUAGGGAAUUUUUGUUUUAAGCUUUUUCUAUAAUGGAUUCUGUAGAAAACUUAAUGGAUUUUGAGCGAUUUGAAUUUGAAUAUUGAGAAGAAAGGACUGUCACCUAUAUACUCCUGCUAUGGAAGGAACCUCAGCUUAGGGGUUCUGGACUUUACUGUUGAUCAUAGACUGCUCUUUUUCUGUGUACAAAAGGUAGCAGGUUGCCCCUAAAAAAAAACAAAAAAAAUGCUGUGAAAUUGAAGUGAUCUUUUUUUUUUUGCCGUUUCUUGGUGUCCUGCUGAGAUUCUUAUUGUUGUGCUUUGUGCCCAGAACAGGGACCUCCUCAUGCCAUGGACUCCCGCUGCUGCUGGUACAGCGUAGGGGCAGUAUUUCUGCCUUCCCACCACCAUAGUUCUCUCCCUUGGCACCUCCCUGGAGCUUUCCUCUCUUUGAGAGGGGAGGUCCUUAUACUCCUUUUGUCACAGAUGUGCAAUGUUUACAUUUUGCUUCAUUUAACAUGUUUAAACAGUAUUUAUUGGCAGGUGACACUAUCUGCGAGGGUACUUGAUUGCUCCUAGGUGGCAAGGGCUGCUUUAUUGCCCAGUAAGUCGGGACAGGCCUGCCCCUCUCCUGCUGCUUUUUUUCUGUUUCCUUUCCGGGCAUGUUCUCUGUGGGAGUAGGACUGUUCUUAACCUGACCUAAGUCCUCUCCUUGCCGAAGAUGAUGCAUCUACAUUUGUGAAAUCCCCCAUCUGUAGUCACUCAGUGGGUUAUACAGCAGUACCCAGAUCCACUCUAAAACAGAGAUGGUUUUUUUGGACACUCUAGAUAACAUGUUUGCAAGCUGUGGGGGAAAAGGUGUUCUUUUCACCCUUCUCUGUACGUGGUUGUUUUACUAGUAGUGCAGAUGAGAAGAUAAAUCCAUGCGAGUUAGGGGCAAAAAAGUCCCUAGCGUAUUGACACAAAGAGCCCAGUGGGGCUCUAAAUAAAAAGUGUCUUUGCCAGCAAACAGCAGUGAGAGGAAGGAGGCAGCAGUAGUGGGGAAAACAAACAACUUUUGGUUUUGUUAAGCUUUUUGCAGUGGGGUGGAAAUCUCAAGGAUCUGGUGUGUUGCUACUUCGAAUGGAGCAUCAGCUGCACAACUGUGUGUUUUGGUUACUUGGUCCCUUGCCGAUCUUCCCAUUCUUAGGCUCUUAUUGAUUGGACAAUUCAGAAAGAACAUGUACCCCUCUUCUCCCCCAUCCCUCUAACCACAUGUUUAUAAAAUUUCACAUAUCUGUCUUUCCUCUAGGAACACUCCAUUAGCUUUAAAAAAAAAAAAAAAAAAAAGUCAGUUAUGGACUUGAAUUCUACUGAAUCUGGAGUCCUGGGGUCAGUGCUAGCACAGGCCCUUUGUAAGUGACAAAAGGGGUGGAUGAGCUCAGAUGACAGUAUUAUCACUGACCUGAAUGCCAGGCUUCUUGCUCUAUGAUAGGCAUGAAUUAGAAAAUGGAUUUUUUCCCCCUAUUUUAAAAUAGAUUAAGGGAAUCCUAAACUGAAUGGUCUAAUGGCACUGAACUAUGUGCUUGCAACCUCUACUUAGUGAAUCUUGCAGCUGGCAGAGGAAAGACGGUAGCUAUAUACUUAUGAAAGAACAUACAGAAUUACUCUCACUUGUGUUCCUUAUCCGCUUCCCAAAAGUGCCUCAAUAUCUGUCCUCGAGUGGACUGUACCUUAACAAAGUAUCUACCUUCGACCCAUUCUUUCUUCACUUUAUCCUUGUCUGCUCCACAUCCUCAAGCUAAGAUGAUAAAACCACAAAGGGCUAUAUCUGCAGAAGGUGUGAAUUACUGCAAUAUGGAGUUCCUUUGUGCACAACUAAGAGACCUUGCCUGGAAGCCACAGUCUGAGUUAAAUACUUAAGAAAUUGCAGUUGGUAGCAUGAUAAAUAAAGAGCUGUCAAGGAAAAGGCUUUUAAACUAAGGCAUGACUUAAAUUUCAGUUAUGCUUAACUCUAGGCUGUGGGGAGGCUCACUUAGGCGUUACUGCUGGGAACUGGGCAAGGUCUUUUUACAUAAAACAAACCUAAAACAACAGGCCUGGGAGCAAAGACUGAAACCCAGAAUCCCUGUUAUAUGGAUGCCCAAACCACUUGGACCCAGAGCCAUGUCCCCUCCCCUUGCAGCCAUGCAUGAGCUCAGGGGACUCCUACCAUAAGAAACUUCAGGAGCACCUGGGUCGUGGAGCUGUAGUUGGCAUAGCAGUUUCAAGCCACUCAGCUAGGUCAAAAUUGGAACAGCACCAGGCACAGAGAGAGAGCCAGUUUGAGAACUUAAGGUUUCAGUUCCUGCUGGGCUAGGUGGAAGCUGAGUAAGGGUUUGCAGUAAUUUGGCUGCCUAGAAUAAGAGGUUGAUGCCUAAAAUACUGUAUCUGGCCUAAUGACAGGACAAGCUUGAGCCAGGAAAGGAACAAAGCCCCCAGACUUCUGUCUAUUCAAGUGUGACCUAUUGAGCAUCUGCCUGCUCCAGGCACUUACCAGUCUUUGAACAGACGCUCCCAGCAUGUAGCCAGACAAUGCAGUGGAAGCAUGUUUUCUGUUUAGUAUCGGAUCUGGUUUUGGACAUCAGUUUACCUUCUAGAUAGAAGAGGGUUUCUCCAGCAGUUACGUGGAUGCUAUAGCCAUGUACAGACAGUUAACAAGGGAAGUGGAAGGUUGUGUUGGUGUGGUGGUUGCAGUUGGAUGUUUAUUUCCUUACUUUCCUUCUAGCAAGCAGACUACGACUACAAAAAUUCAUCCUUGCUGUUUGCAAGGGCUGUGAUUCUCAGCAGCUGGGGGCCAAAUUCGAGAGCCUGUAGCUCAAGGAAAAGUUGAAUGCUAUAGUGCUAAGAGUGCUUUUGCCCAGGGCAAGUUCUGUUACCAGAAUCCUGUUUUUUCUUUUCAUGCGUCUCUGAUCACAGCUAGGCUAACAAUCUAUCUAUCUGGACUAUUUUUAAACUAAUCAAUGCUUUCUAAUGGUCACAAAUGGACCAUCUCAUUAGUACUAAACAAGUGAGUUUCAAAAGUUUGGGUUUUUUCUUCUUUUUUUCUUUUUUUCAUUUUAAUGAUUGUAGUAGUGAAAUAAUUUGAGGUCUUAAGCCUUCCCUACAUUUAAGCUACAGUGGUAUGGCAGUACUAGCAAAGCCCUAGUAAGGUAGAUGUCACUAUCCUGGCCGGGGGAAAAAAAAAAAAAAAAAAAAAAGUGCUUCUAAUAGGCACAGUCUUUCAUUCAGUGAGGCAGAGCAAUCAACAGCUGCAAAAUUCGUAUCUGAAGAUAUAAUUACCAGGGUCUUUGCUGUGAAAGUGUUGGGGGCUGGAGGAGUGGUGGGGUGGAGGGUGGGGGGGGGUGAGCAGUCACCUGGCUGCCACUGCUAGGUGUAUAGCCCAGGUUGGCAGUAGAAUUUCUCAUUCUUGGCAUGACACAUACUGCUUCUUUCAGUGUCUGAAGGGCAACUCAUCUGUUGUAUGUAUUCUAUACUCCAGUAGGUUCCAGGUAGGAAAAAUGUGUUUCAAAGUGAAACAAACAGGGCAAGAUGAGGCAGAAAAAUCAUUUUCUGUACCUGCUGGAGGUAGAAACUAUGUAUUGUUUCAUUUGGCUUGGUCUGCUUAUUUUCUGCACUAGGAAGGUUACAAGACCAGCACUGCUUUGAGUCUCUGUAUUUGUGCUGUGCUUUGAAGUCAAGCUAUGUACUGUCAUUAAAAAAACAAACAAAACAAAACAAAAAAAAAGUAGCAUUCAAGCCACCACUAAUUCAGUCCAGUGCGGAUAGCACACUGGGCCCCUAUGGCGCAGGGACUACAGGGCUAGCUAUAUGCAAUGGGUCUCAGUUUGCAUCUGCUGCUGUUAGCUACAUGGACUAGUGGCUUUGACUGGGGAAUGAGAACUGCACCAGCUUGGAACAGGUCAGCUGUAGCAUUACCAAUACACAUAGGGGAACCAGAACACACCACAGCUCAUACUCACUUCUUUAUUUAAAUGACUUUUUUUUCUUUUCUUUUUUUUUUUUUUUUUUUAGAGAACAGCUGACCCUCUCUAGGUCUUUUAGGUAGGCUGACUUGCCUAUGGUAUGCUGUAGAAGAGGGGAAGCUACAGUUAGCUUCCAGUGGAAGCUGCUUUCAAUCUCCCUGCAGUAUCUGCAGGGGAGGCAAGGAACACUAUUGACUUGGACAGAACAAGCUGCAGAGGAUGCAUCUUAUUGCUGUAUCUUUAGGGGGGUCUCUUCCCCAUUUUUAACUCGCAUUAUAAGCUUUUAUUCAAAAAGUGUUAUAAGGCUAAAACCCACUCAGACCAAAAGAAUGCCACUUGAUUUUGUUGAAUAGCGAAGUCUAAUGGGACUGACUGUAAUGUACACACAUUAGGGGAUAUCUCUCCCACUAGGCUUCUGCUGGGUCUAGACAGACAGAGGCUGACUUGCAGGGAGUUCAGGUUGUGUUCCCAAGUGGCCUGUUUGUGGGAAGAUACCCUGACUUGUCCUGAAGUCACCAGUUACCCAAGGAACUGGUCAUACUGUUCCUUUUAAUGUGUAAGUGCAGCCUUCUUGGGGAAAACUGUCUAAAGCUUCUUGUGCCAUUUGGUUAAUAAAAGUGUUUCCACCUUUAAAAGGAAGUUCUUUCCAGCUUCAUUGUUCUACACUCAAUUCAAGUGAAGGGGUAUGUAUAUUUUUUCCUUCUGCCAAUGGGACACUGCUGUAAGACCAUGCCCCAGGUUGCACUUUAAUAAAUGGUACAGUUUUCAAAAA